AACCAUAUGGCAACUGUUUCCGUAGUAUCCAUAGCAACGUGCUUUCAACAAACUCAUUCGCUUUUGAGCAGAAAUAAGUAGAAUUUAAGUUUCAACUUCUUGGUUUGCAAGACAUAACGGUAUUUUAUUACUGGAAAUAUGGUUUAUAGGCAUUUGCUGAAUUUCUGGCCUCUUGUGCCCGCUGUUGAUAUGCAAGCCGUCUAUUCAUCUUCCAAAGCAAUUAGUAGUGAGAGCUGCUCGUCAACAAACGUAGAUGAACCAUUUCUUAGUUACAAGAAACACUGUGCAUGUCUUCAGGAUGAAUCUUUUCAGGCAGAGCAAAAUAAGAAAGAAUUUAAUUGCUUAAUAUUUGGAGACGGCCUUGGUUGUCUCAUUAAGACAAUGGCACGCAUGUUUCGUCAUGGGACUACCCACAUGAAUCUGUACGUCGCUGGAACCCUGCCAGAAUCUCUAACUCGAACAAUUUUACUUCUGACAUUAUUCGGAGAUUCUUCAUUGAGUUUGUUAGAAAGAGCCGAAAUGUUCCUCGAAAUUAUGGGGAAUACUUUCAUUCGGUCUACGACAUCUCAAUACAUCAUAAAUAAAUCUUCACAGAUCUUGGAAUCUAUAGCAACAUCAAACCUUACUUUCCCCAUUGUUUCUAUAGAUCACUUAAAGCAGAGUGAUAUCGAUGAGAUAGUCGGUGUUUUGACAUACUUGAAGGCAAGUGGUUGUCCAUAUGAUAUUGCGAAAGCUUGGGAAACUGCUCUGCGUUCAUACUUUGGUCCGAGAUAUGAUAAUCGAAUAAACCUUUUCGAUUACCAUUUCAACAUGAAGCUCUCGGAUUAUAGCAUCAUUAAUCUGAAGAAAUAUCUCGAAUGGAGAGAAACGGGAAUAGCAUUUAAAUUUCGGAAAGCAAAGUAUAACUUUCCAAAUAAAACUUUACGAAUUCACGGAAAACCAUCUGCGAACAAAAGUCUACAAAGCGAUCUGCAGUUUUCGUCGAGUUUCUUUGGUGAUAUCACAACUAGUCCUUAUUUAGUUUUUGGAGUGGAAAGUGGAAACAGAGAUUUAUUUGAAAAAGCUAACAAUGAAUACAUAUAUACCAGCGAGGAUGUAUCUAAAUUUAAUGUAAUCGAUUUCAUGGAUGAAUUUAGCUCUCUCAUCAAAGUUUACACUAGUGACAACUUGAGAAUUCACAUUUUAUCCUGCGAUAACAUUUGCCGAUCUCGAAAAUUUGAAAAUUAUUUUGAUGGUGUUUAUAUUACUUGUGACAAGACAAACGCUGCUCAAAAACUUCUUCCGCUCGUUUUGAAACCAAAUGGCGUUGUUCUUUUCGAAACCAUUCGAAAUGUUGUUAACUCAACCAAAGAACAGAAGUUGAAGCAUUCUGAAGAAAUAAUUCGUUUGGCUGAAAGCAGUGGCUUAGAAUCAGUAGAUAAAUUAUGGGACGAUGAAGGUAAUUUCAAAGCCUUCAUAUUAAAGGAUAAACUUAGAUAUGUCACUUUUUAGGUGACACAGAUGCAAGCAAUGCAUAUAAUUUAUUUAUCAUUUUCACAUUUCUAAAAAAGUUAUUCUAUAUUCCUCAGUUCAGAAGAAAACUAUAAUGCAUUUAGCUUAAUAAAUGAUAAUGAGUUAUAGUGCAGUGCCUCAGUAAUUCCUACUUAUACAUAAAAACAGAAUGUUUCCUUUACGUUUAUAUCUAGUCACAUAAACACCAGUUAACUGAUAGACUAGAAAUUCAGCGUUUAGAUAACCAGUAAGUUGAGUUGGAAAAAAGAUCUUGCAUUGCUUCUUACAUUUUAAACCUUCUUCGACAUGAAAUUAAAAAAAUCGGGAUGGGCAAAUAUUCCUAAAAAAAUAGGUAAGUUUUUCAGUUAGUAGGGAAGUGUGGCAUAGACGCUAUAAAUGCCACACCUGUUUGACAUUCAGCUUCAGAUGAGACAGAGUUACAGAGUGAUGAAAUUCCAUGUUGCGAUGUUUUUAUGACUGAAAACGGAUAUUUACAAUCUAAAAACUGUGAGUUAGUUUAUAUGUAACAUCCCUUAGUCUGUUAGAAGGUUGUAUUAUUAUAUUUGCAUAAAAAUAUUAUACUUGCAACAUCAAAAAAAAAAAAAAAAAAUCUGUGCAUGAUCUAUACCAGCCACAGCAGCCGUUGGGUGCUGAAGAUAGCUAGCGGAUAUAGGUGCUAUUUGGUGGCUAAUUGGAGACGGACUGGUACUUCUUCCAUUUCUACCUCUACCUUCACUACUUGUACCUAUUAUAGUCAAGCUAAAAUAUGGUAUAUAGUGCACAUUAAUUCUGCAUUAACGGCAGAUAAGCUAGCACCGGUUAGAUUAUCUGAAAAUUACUAUUUUAUUUGAUAGCUACUUCAUCGUAGCUAUUACAUCUACUCAUCUACGGAGGCGGAUAUUACAAUUACUCUAUUUACAAAUUACCAAGUUAUUUGAAGCAGAACCUUAAAAAUUCGUUUUUGAGUUUGAACACUAAUCAGAUGGAUCUCUUGACAAAGUAUUGCAACUUUUGAAAAUUUCAUAACACAAGGUGAAUCAUACAUGAACUGAGUUAGCAAAAUUUUAACAUGAUAAACAUGUAUCACACAUUUAUAAUUAUUGCAGUCCCAACAUACACAGUAAAAAAAGUUUCAUGUAGAAAUUUUAGGGGGUGGGGAAGUAUAACUUUCUAAUCUAAGUACACUCUAACUAAUUAAAAAACUCAUGUAUCCAUUA